UCAAAAUGUCUCGUCGAUAUAAAAUUUUUACAAUUUGAAAAAAAAAUUCAUUUCUAAAAUAAUAAUGUAAAUAGACAUUCAUUAAAAUUAUUCAUCAUGUCGUCGGAUUUUUAUAAAAAUUCUCCAAAUUAAAAAAAAAAAAAAACAAAAUUUUUUUUUCAAAAAUGGUUGAUUAAAAUGCAGAUUUUUAAAAUAACAUGAAUGGAAUUAGAAGACCAAUCAGAUAUGGAAUAUCAAUAACGCCCGAAAUGAUACGAGAUAUUGUUGAGGAAUUGCAAAUGAGACGACUUUAUGUCCCAUCAUCAUUGAUUCUCAAUCAUUUGCAACUUUAUUAUCCAAUUUGUAAUAAACGAAGGGACAAUUUAAAGAGCGAAGUGAGAGACAGUUUAAUUACUGCAGUUAAUAAUGGUUAUAUAAUUCAAUGGGACACUGACAAUUAUUGUAUUCCAACUCUUCGUCAGGAAGCAAUGUCGGAAAAAUCGAGUUUUUCCAACUUCAAUGAACGAUUCUACUUUCCAGAUUGAUGACCGAUAUGACACGGAAUUUUAUUGGUGUUAAACUUUAAAGUCGAACAGUGGGACUUUUGUGUGACAUCCACAAAUGCAUUGAAAUGACGAGGAAACGAUCCUGCGCUCUUCGCAUCCGGCUUUUUUCAUUACAUC